GCGACACACUGGAUCUCUGACAUCUCCAUCCCCAUGAAUGCAACAUCUGAAUUCACGGGCGAUGUCGCCGGAGCAAACCAAGGCAGCAAUUGUCCCGCCUCGGUGCACUGCAUUAAAAAUGCCAUGGAUAACAACCCCAUGACCAAGUGGAUUGCUAAUUCCAACACAAACGAGGAGAUUACGUUCGAUUUUGUAUCGCCUAUUACCGCCUCCGCUAUCUGUAUCAAAUACGGGAUGGGUAGCGUUAAUACUUUCAAAAUGCAAGGUAGUAACGCUCCCGCGGGUCCUUGGUUAGAUCUAGGCGGACCGUAUCUUGUAACGGACAGUACCGACUUUACUCUUAUACACUACAUUAGAUUUUUUCUCUUCCCAAUGGCGUUUCGCUAUUACAAUAUUAUUGUCAUAGACACGUUAGCAUCGGACCCAAUUGCAAUAUCAGACAUCUACUUUCAAGUUACAGGUGAGUGCACUGACAUGUGUAACAUAAACGCUUACUGUGAUACUGAAGGCGCGACCUCGACAUGUGUAUGCCGAGAUGGGUGGUUGGGUGAUGGCAUUUAUUGCUACCAUACUAACACAAUUUGCGACUUGGAUUUUGGCCGAGGUAUAGUGUGCGGAGGUGACGCCAUACACGGAAGUUGCUACGCCAAUGAGAAAGGAAUUGAGCUUUACCAUCAUUGCAUAUGUUUCCCUGGAUGGCUUCAGACCUCAACACCAAGAUGCUCUGAAAUGGAUCCCUCGGUGGACCAACAUCAUAACCGCCCAACCACAACUACAAGAGACUGACAGCACUCA